UGCCUUUAUCUGACCCUUGGGGUACUUUUCCUCUCACGGAUAUCAGGCAUUGUUCCUCCCACUGACACCAAGGGUGGCGCACCGUUGCCCCCACUGACACCGUCUGCCCCACACUGGAGCACUGACACCAUGAUGAGCACUGGACACCGCACUGCUCCUCCCACUGACACCAAAAUGAUGGAGCACUGCUCCUCCCACUGACACCAAUAUGAUGGAGCACUGCUCCUCCCACUGACACCAAUGAUGGGGCACUAUUCCUCCCACUGACACCAAUGAUGGGGCACUAUUCCUCCCACUGACACCAAUGAUGGGGCACUAUUCCUCCCACUGACACCAAUGAUGGGGCACUAUUCCUCCCACUGACACCAAUGAUGGGGCAC